CAGCUGAUAACAAAGAUUAUUAAAAUAUUCCAAAAUGCUUUUGAGACGCAUAACACGAGUGACACCUGCUGCUGUAAAAUUUUCUGAUCAUCAGAAGGGGAGACGCUUCACAGCACAGGCAGCCCAGAAAAUAGCCCCUUUGUCAAAUAAUUUAGUGCAGAGUUUGGAGAGGAUUGUAGGUAAAAGCAACGUAUCAGAGGCUAAUGCUGUGCGGGAGCAGCAUGGAAGAGAUGAGUCAUAUCAUACAUGUGCUCCACCACAAGUUGUGGCCUUUGCUGAGAGUGUGGAACAGGUGUCUGGUGUGGCCAGGUUGUGUAACGAACACAAAGUCCCCCUGAUUCCAUUUGGAAGUGGCACAGGCCUGGAAGGAGGAAUCAAUGCAAUAAAGGGUGGGGUAUGCCUGGACGUAAUGAAGAUGGACAAGGUCCUAGCAGUACACCCCGAGGACUUUGACUGUCAAGUGGAGAGUGGGGUCACCAGAAAAGCCCUCAAUAAUUACAUUAGAGACACAGGACUAUGGUUUCCUAUUGACCCUGGUGCAGAUGCUUCUGUAUGUGGAAUGUGCUCCACUAGUGCGUCAGGAACAAACGCAGUCCGAUACGGAACAAUGAGAGAAAAUGUCUUAAACAUGGAAGUGGUACUAGCAGAUGGCAGGAUAAUCCAUACUGCGGGAGAGGGCAGACGUACCAAAAAAACAUCAGCAGGAUACAACUUGACCAAUCUUUUUGUUGGAUCAGAGGGAACUCUGGGAAUUAUCACCAAGGCAACACUUAGACUUCAUGGAAUACCAGAGUCAUCGGUGUCUGCCGUGUGUUCCUUUGAGAGUAUUCAGUCUGCUGUGGAUACUACUGUACAGGUUUUACAGUGUGGAAUCCCCAUGGCGAGAAUUGAGUUCCUGGAUGAAGUGUCUGUUGAUGCUUGCAAUAAAUAUGCCAAGAUGGACAUGAGAGUGGCACCAUCACUAUUUCUGGAAUUUUCGGGAAGCCCCAAGUCUCUGGAAGAAAAUGCUGAAAUUGUUGGUGAGAUUGUUAAGAUGAAUGGGGGAUCUGACUUUAGAUGGGCCACAGAUGUUGAUGAGAGGAACCGCCUAUGGAAGACCAGACAUGAUAUCUUGUAUGCUUGUAUGGCACUCAGGCCAGGGUGUAAGCCUUACUCCACAGAUGUCUGUGUUCCCGUGUCUAACCUACCACAGGUGGUGGUGGAGUCCAAGAAAUACAUUGAUGAAGCAGGCAUCAUAGGUGCCUAUAUACUGGGCCAUGUGGGUGAUGGGAAUUUUCACAUCUUAUUUAUUAUGGACCAUACAAAUGAGAAAGAAGUUCAAACUGUGUUGGAUAUAUCGCAUCGAGUGGCAGUACUGGCCCAGGAGCUAGAUGGCACCUGCACAGGUGAACAUGGCAUUGGAAUAGGGAAGCGAGAGCUGCUGUUACGAGAAAUCGGCGAGAAUGGAAUUCAGGUCAUGCAGCAACUGAAGCAGACCCUGGAUCCAAAUGGAAUCCUGAAUCCAGGCAAAAUCUUCUUCUAAA